CGACUGGGUCCACCGCGGCGGGAGGCUCGCCAUGAUGGAGGUACCGGAAAGAGCCACCAACUUGAGUGUUCCACACGGGGAGGGAGGCGACCCGGGCCCCUCCGGGGUCUCGCCCAGCAUGUCCAUCGACAAGCUGCUGCCGGCUCUCCUAGAGUGCUUCGGGAUAAUAUUAUGCGGCUACAUCGCCGGGAGGGCGAACGUCAUCACGUCCGCGCAGGCCAAAGGAUUGGGCAACUUCGUGUCAAAGUUCGCUCUGCCGGCGCUGCUGUUCAAGAACAUGGUGCUGCUGGACUUCGGUGACGUCAUCUGGCCCUUCCUGUGGAGCAUCCUCAUCGCCAAAGCGGCCGUGUUCGUCGCCGUGUGCGCGCUCACGCUGCUGGUUGCCCGUCCCGAGGGCCGCUACAGCAAGGCUGGACUUUACUCAAUAUUUGCCACCCAGAGCAAUGACUUUGCCCUGGGGUAUCCCAUCGUUGAGGCCCUAUACAAGAGCACGUACCCAGAGUACCUCCAGUACAUCUACCUGGUUGCCCCGGUGUCCCUGAUGUUCCUAAAUCCCAUUGGCUUUGCCUUCUGUGAGGUCCAGAAGUGGAAGAAUGGAGCAUAUCGGCAGCAGAGAAAACUCUUUAUUGUGGGAAUUGUAGUCCUACAAGUGCUGAAGAACCCCAUCGUGUUCAUGGUGGUCAUCGGCAUCAUCGCCCAUUUUGCCCUGCAACAGACAAUCCCCCCCUUCAUGGCUGAAUUUGUGGAUGGCUUGGCCAACUCUUUUGGAGGAGCAGCGCUGUUCUACCUGGGUCUGUCCAUGGUGGGACAGUUGGGCAAAUUGACCAGAUCCACAGUCGUGACACUGAUAUUACUCACAACAGCCAAACUGUUGCUGAUGCCGCUGAUUUGCAAGGAAUUGGUGGAUCUGUUGGACAUAAGCAACACCAGUGCGUUGAACCACUCGAGCCUCUCCAAUUAUGCGUUUCUUUAUGGAGUGUUUCCCACUGCGCCAAGUGUGGCCCUCUAUGCUGUCUAUUAUAACGCCGAGCUAGAAGUUGUAGCGUCUGGGAUGGUGAUCAGCACUUUCCUCUCCGCUCCAAUAAUGUACGUUUCUGCCUGGUUACUGACGAUGCGUUGGAUGGACCCUCAGCUUUUGAUGAAUUCGCUGCAGACCGUCAGCUUUAACAUAAGCAUUGUUUCCUUGGUUGCACUGGUGUGGACAAUUGUUGUCAUGUUUUUAAGCAAGAAAUUCAAGAGGCUACCUCACACGUUUACAGUGCACCUUUUCCUGGCUCAGUUUCUAACGUGCUUCGGGAUGAUCCUGUGGAACUUUGUGGUGAAAGAAGACAACUUCGUCGCACAAGUUCUGACAUUCACGUUAUUAUGUACAUCACUCUACAGCACCUUCCUAUGGCCAGGUUUAAUAGCUCUUUCUCUUGUGCUCAUGAAGAGGUUUGAGGAUGUGAAAGUUUCUCCAGGCGUGUUUGUCAUUGCUGGCUGGGGGGUUCCAGCCUCAGUAACUGCUUUGUUGCUCAUUUCUGGGGGGAGAAUUUCCGACACGAUUGACUCUGCAUUCUUUUACGGCAAACCACAGAUCAUCUGCACGACAGUUGUAGUUGCCCUCAGUAUACUGCUGGGCGGGAGCUCUCUUGUGUGUCUCAGUAGAGGAAGCUGGUCCCAUGGGGACCAAAGCCAAGAGGGAAACACUGCAGAGGAUCUAGUGACAGAGCUUGAACCAGAAGACCAGACUGGGAUUGAGCCAUUUGCCCCAUCAGCAGAUGUCAACAGAGAGUGCCUCAUAUGUGACUGUGCACCACCCCCGCCCAUGCCCGACAUGAUCACCAGCACAAACAUGAACAACCCUCCAAUCACACUAGCAGGUCAAUGUGAGAAUAGCUGUGAGUCCUCAAGCUGCCUGCUUGUCCAAGCGGAGGAGCUUAAACAGGUUGCGGACACACAAGUGGCCCGUCAUGUGCUCUUAUGUCUGCUUCUGACUGUCAGCCUGCUUGCUAACCUGUCCAGCUGCUUGUGGCUGCUGCUGAACGACCAGCCCGGCAGACUCUACUUGGAGCUGCUGUUCUUUUGCGCCGUGGCCAACUACGGACAGGGUCUUCUCUCCUUUGCUCUGUUCGGGCUCGACAAGCAUUUGAUUCUUCUACCAUUUAAGAAGAGGUUAUACAGUCUGUGGUAUGGAAAGAAGCAAGAAGAGCAGCUGCAGAGUGAAUUGCCUGAAGAAAUCAGGAUGACCUGCACCCAGUUCACCAAAUACCACAAGGACCAGUGUUUUCAAGACAUUGUCAAAAAGAGAAGGUGUGGGAAGAGGACUGUGGCGGACUGUUUUCUUGGCUGUGAGCUUGUGGAGUGGUUGCAGCGGGUGGGCUUGGCUCAGGACCGUGGCGAGGCGCUGCUGUAUGGGACACUGCUACAGCAGGGUGGUGUCCUCCAGCACAUCAAGCAGGAACACGACUUCCAAGACAGUCCCCUCCAUUACCGCUUUACCGCGACAUAAGACGCAGGGGUCAAAGUCUGCCUUUCUUUUCUUGGCAAAAUGAUGCAUGUAAAAGGCCAUUUGAAUGGAGAUUAUAAAAAAAAGACAUGAAUACAUCUCGAGGAUGUACAACUUGAGGAACAUAACCUGCCUGCAGCAACAUAUCCACACGCUGAAAAAUGUGGCAGCACCAAGCAAAUCCUGCACAGUAAAAGUGCUGCAGUGCAACACUCUGACCCAACCUAAUGCAUUGUGUGGAGUUGGUCUUAAAGGGAAUUUUCAAUUAUGAUUUUUUUGCAAUUUUUACAUUUAACAUUUGAUUCAAUAUGAUAUCUGGUAUAACAGUCAAUCAAGGCAGGAACGGUCAGAUGAUUGUACAUGUACACAGAAUCCCGUUUAGCCUGAUCAUCAUAACCAUUUCUUUUUGGGGUAAAACAUUAAAUGGGACUACCUGAAAUGACCGUUUUAACCCUUCAAUGGUUUGCAAAUGUACUACACGGCUACCACUACGGUACUGUGGAGUAGAUUUUAGUCAGAAAGUCGGUGUUGAAAUUCACAUCUGCAAGAGGCGGUUUCAUGAUGGCCAGUUUCUUUACAUGUCAAAUUGUCUCCCAUUUUCCUCGUCCUGUUUGACUCGGUUGUAGCAAAGUCACUGCAUCCUUUAAUCUGCUGUAAAGUUGGUGAAUAAUAUUUGCAGAGCUGAAUAGCACUGACAGCCCAAAGAAUCAAGUUUUGCGCCAGUAUUAAAGAGCAGAUAAAACUUUCCUGCUCUGUUUGAUUUCAGUACGUCCACUUCAGUAUCUGAUUUUAGUUUUGUUUUCUAUUUGUCAUUUGGGGAGCAACUAUGCUCAAAUAACCGGCAACAGGCAAAGUCUGUGACAGGCAGGUACAAGCAAAAAUACCACUCCUACAGAAUGUAAUAUUUCCAGAGUGUAUUAUCACUCUUCAAGCAAAGCACUUUCCAAAAAAAGGGACAAAGUGGUUAAAUCUGCUUCUAUUUUCAGUUUGUUGGCAGCCAGUGUUACUCAUAUUAAGUUUGCUUUACUAGUUGGCUAACUGGCAUGAAGCAUGAGUAAUUUAGCUUUAAUAGCCUGCUGUUACAGCAUGUCUAUUAAACAAAGGAAACUGCCACUGGAACAAUUAACUUAUCAUUAUUAAUACAUGCUAACAGAGUAAAUGAGUCAGAAUGUUGUUGUUAAUGCAUGUGUUUUCUUGGAGGUGUUGGGGGGGAAGUCUCAGGUACAAAGUAAUAUAAUUACAAAGCAAAGGGCUUAAUUAUACAUCUUUUGUAAUUGACAAAGGUUUUUUUUUUUAUUACCUCAAAAAAUGUUGAGAAAACUGCCAUAGUGUCUUUUUGAUAAAAACAGAGUGAAGCACUGACUGCAUAUUUAUGAUUUGCACGUAUUUAAAUAAAUGUUGCUAAUGAACCCA